AUGUCGGACAAAGAAUUUGCUGGCAGUGACGAGCUCACUCUGCCCCGGGCCACCGUCCAAAAGAUCAUUACCGAAGUACUGGCCAAUGACCAGGGAAUGUCGUUCGCCAAGGAGACUCGCGACUUGCUCAUAGAAUGCUGCGUCGAAUUUAUCACCAUGAUCUCCUCCGAAGCCAACGAGAUUGCUGAAAAGGACGCAAAGAAGACAAUCGCAUGCGAACACAUUACCAAGGCCUUGGAAGAGUUAGGAUUCAAUGAAUACAUCCCGGACUUGCUCGAGGUCGCACAGCAGUUCAAGUCGCAGCAGGCGAGUCGCGAGAAGAAGCAAAGCAAGAUCGAGCAGUCUGGCAUGACUGAAGAGGAACUGCUUAGACAGCAGGAAGAGCUGUUCAGAUCAGCGAACGAGAAGUUCAACGCUGGACCUGCCGAACCCGCCGAGCCCGCAGCAUAA